AUGGGUGCUGCUGACAAAGUAUGGGGAGACUACCCAGUUUACUAUAAACAACCAUUCAGAUGGGCCCGUUACCAUGCUCAUACCAAACCACAUUUCUUCUUUUCGGUGAUUUUGGGAUUAUCAGCACCAGUAUUAUUAUUAAUAGCUCCAAUCAGAAGAAAAUUAGUAUACGAAGAUCACGAACCAAUUCCUAGAGAACCGGUAAUAAGUAAAAAGGAAAACGAACCAGAAGAGUUUGAUGCCGACAGUAUUACUCCAGAAAACGAUUCUGAUUUACAAGAAUACUACUUGGAACAAGUUAGUAAACAACAAAUUCGUGCAGAAAAAUACAUUAGUCCAAUUAAGAAAAAAUUAUUUGACCAAGUAGUUAACGUUCAUGGAUUUUAUAAGAAUGAUCAAAUAGUUGAAGACCCAGAAACAAAACGUCAUUUCAAAUUACAUUUAACCCCUGAAGAAAUUGAUAUUUUAGAACCAACCAUUUUUUUAAAUAGUAAUAGAAUUAAGUCAUCAAUGAAAAAGGCAACCGUUGUCAACAGAUUUGUUCGUGGAUUGGAAGUUAAAACCGCCAUUAAUCAAUUACAUUUCAAUCCUAAAAAAAUGGCUACUGAAUUAGAAAAAUUAUUGAAAAAAGGUUUAGAACAAGCAAAUCAAUCCGGCUAUAACACCGAUCGUUUAUACAUUGCUCGUUUAUGGACCGGUAGUGACGGGGACUGGAGAAAAAGAUUAGACAUGAAAGGUAGAGGUCGUACCGGUAUAAUUAAACAUCCUUACAUUCAUUUAAAAGCAGUUUUGAAAACUGAACAAACCAAAAAUAGACUUGCUUGGGAAAAACAGCAAUCCCAAUUAAACUCCAAACCUGAAAUGUUUUUGAUCAACGAUCCUCUCAACUUCAGAGUCCAUCCCUAUUAUAAAUGGUAA